AUGAAUUUUGAAUUUGAGAGGGAGAUUGGGUUUAUAAACAGCCAGCCAUCGCUCGCCGAGUGUCUGACUUCCUUCCCCGCUGUCUUGGAGACAUUUCAAACUUCAUCAAUCAAGGAGUCGACAUUAAUUCCUCCUCCUCCUCCUUUCGAGCAAACCUUCCCCAGCCUCCAGCCCGGCGCCUCCACCCUUCAGAGACCCAGGAGCCAAAAGCGAGCCGAAGAUGGGCCUGCUCUGCCGCCGCCACCGCCGCCGCCGCUCCCCGCUGCCCCCCCGGCCCCCGAGUUCCCUUGGAUGAAAGAGAAGAAAUCCGCCAAGAAACCCAGCCAAUCCGCCACGUCUCCUUCUCCGGCCGCCUCCGCCGUCCCGGCCUCCGGGGUCGGAUCGCCUGCAGAUGGCCUGGUACUGCCGGAGGCUGGUGGCGGCGGGGCGCGCAGGCUGCGCACGGCUUACACCAACACGCAGCUGCUGGAACUGGAGAAGGAAUUCCACUUUAACAAGUACCUGUGCCGGCCACGCCGCGUGGAGAUCGCGGCCUUGCUGGACCUCACCGAAAGGCAGGUCAAAGUCUGGUUCCAGAACCGGCGCAUGAAGCACAAGCGGCAGACGCAGCACCGAGAGCCGCCGGAUGGGGAGCCUGCCUGCCCGGGCGCCCCGGAGGACACCUGCGACCCUGCCGAGGAGCCCGCGGUCAGCCCGGGCGGCCCCUCCGCCUCGCGGGCGGCCUGGGAAGCCUGCUCUCACCCGCCGGAGGUGGUGCCGGGGGCCUUAAGCGCGGACCCCCGGCCUUUAGCCGGUCACUUUGAGAGCGCAGGCGCGCCGAGCCCCGACUGCGCGCUGCGCGGGGCGGGCCGGCCGGAGCCCGGGCCAUUGCCAGAAGAGGUCUUCUCGGAGCGCCAGGAUUCGCCUUUCCUUCCGGACCUCAACUUCUUCGCGGCCGACUCCUGUCUCCAGCUAUCCGGAGGCCUCUCCCCUAGCCUACAGGGUUCUCUCGACAGCCCGGUCCCCUUUUCCGAGGAAGAGCUGGACUUCUUCACCAGUACGCUCUGUGCCAUCGACCUGCAGUUUCCCUAACCCGUUUCCUCCUCCCGGUCCUUUCGACCCCCGCGCUCCUUGGCCGUCUACUGGAAAAAUCGAGCCUCUCCCACCCCCAGUCGCAUAGACUUAUGUGUUUUGCUAAAAUUCAGGUAUUACUGAAUUAGCGUUUAAUCCACUUCCUUUCUUCUUCUUCUAAAAUAUUGGGCACUCGGGCAUCUUUUAAAAUUCACACAGAAAAAUUCCGUUUGGUAGACUCCUUCCAGUGAAAUCUCAGGAAUAAUUAAACUCUGGGGGACUUUCUUAAAAAUAACUAGAGGGACCUAUUUUCCUCGUUUUUAUGUUUUAGACUGUAGAUUAUUUAUUAAAAUUCUUUAAUAAUAGGAAAAGGGGAAAGUAUUUAUUGUACGUUAUUUUCAUAGAUUAAAUAAAUGUCUUUAUAAUACGAAAA